AUGUCGCAAGACAAGAAGACAGUCCUCAUUACAGGUUGUUCACCAGGAGGCAUCGGCCAUGCGCUCGCCCUGGAGUUCCACAAACAAGGCUGCCAUGUCAUUGCUACGGCUAGAAAGCCCGAAGCUCUCCAAGCUCUUCGAGAAGUAGGCAUGAGUGCUGUCCAACUUGAAGUUACCGAUGCCGAGAGCAUCGCGGCAUGCAAAGCUGAAGUUGACAAGAUCACUGGUGGCAAGCUCGAUAUCCUCGUCAACAACGCUGGCCGCACGCAUACCAUUCCCGCCUUGGACAUUGACAUGGAUGAUGUACGGCAGUCGUACGAAGCCAACGUUUUCGGCCCCAUGGCCAUGUGCCAGUCGUUUGCAAGCCUUCUCAUCCCAGCGCGCGGACUCAUUCUGCAGAUCUCAUCUGUGUCUGCCAUCAUGCCUUACCUAUUCGCCAGCAUCUACGCUUCCACAAAGGGCGCGUUGAACUCGUACUCUCGGGUCCUGCGGAUGGAGCUCAAGCCAUUCAAUGUCCGGGUGAUGGUUGCCAUGACGGGCACCAUUCGCUCCAACAUCAUGAAUCAUUUCGAUCGCGUGCUGCCAGAAAACUCGCUGUACAGGCCUGUCGAGGAUGUGUUUGUGCAGAGAUUGCGGUUCAGCCAGACAAGAGGGACUAUGGAUACGCAUGUUUAUGCGAAAAAGAUUGUCAAAGAGGCGCUCAAGGGUGAGGGGCGGUUUGGCGGCUUGUUUGGACGGACGCCGGAUUGGUAUUGGGCUGGAGGAUUUUCGUAUGGUGCUUGGAUAUUGAAUACGUUUUUCCCGUCCUGGUUGGCCGAAGCGGCGGUUGCGUGGUUCUUCAAUAUUGGGGUGUGGUCAAAGAAGCUUAACACUGCGAAUAGGAAGGAUUAG